GUUAACUUGGUCACGAAUGUUCAUACAUUUACAAUGUUAACUUGGUCACGAAUGUUCACACAUUUACAAUGUUAACUUGGUCACGAAUGUUCAUACAUUUACAAUGUUAACUUGGUCACGAAUGUUCACACAUUUACAAUGUUAACUUGGUCACGAAUGUUCAUACAUUUACAAUGUUAACUUGGCCAAGAAUGUUUACUAGUUUAUAAUCUUAACAUGCUAAAAUAUUUAACACAUACGUUUGUGUUUGGUGUUGGAGGUGUGAUGGGGACAGGUAACUACAGCAAGACCUGUAGAGGAGCCACCAUCACCAGCAGCGACCCCGGCAGGUCACUACGGGAUUGUCAGCGCAUAGACGGAAGUCUAAACAUCACCCUGGCUGGCGGAUGGAACCUGACGCAGCAACUGGAGGAGAAUCUCCAACAGCUAGUCGAGGUGACGGGUUAUAUUCGCGUCUACGGCUCCAAUACUCUCUUCUCCCUCAACUUCCUCAGUAAUCUUCAAGUCAUUGGGGGCCAGGAGCUGGUGCAUAACAAGUACGCUCUCUACAUGCUGGAGAAUGAGAAGCUUCAGGAGCUAUGGGACUGGGAUCAAAGGAACCAGUCACUGAGGAUCUCCCGAGGGACACUCUUCUCCCACUACAACCCCAGUUUGUGUCCCCGGUUACUCUACCAGUUAGCCAACAUUACUGGUAUUGGUCGUCUGGAUGACGCUGAUGUCACCACCAGCUCUAGUGAAGACACUCCUCCUUGCUACGGAGAAGAGCUGCCAGUGAUCGCCUGGGCAGAUAAGAAUGUUGGAACCAUCAACGUAUCCUGGAAACACGUCUAUGAUGGCCGCGACGAUAGGUUCGUCAUCGGCUAUUACGUCUACUACAGGGAGACCAGCACGACAGUAACGAUCUUCCAGGGACGCGACGCAUGCAACGAUAAAUUGUUGUGGGAAAGGAUCUUCCUGGAGUACAAGAAGCAGGAAAGCAAGUCUGUAGUGAUCACGGGUCUCAAGCCAUACACACGCUAUGCUCUCUACGUCUCUGUCUAUUACAUAAGCUAA